AUGGCAAUUGCAUAUCGUAUCAUCGCAUUAAUUCUGUUUUGUCUGGUGUAUAUUGUUGGCUUAAUUGGUAAUGGACUAUUAAUAUUUAUCGUAUUCCGUCAAAAAAACCUACGUACAGUACCAAAUCUACUUGUUGUUAGUUUAGCUGUCGGUGAUUUCCUGUUUGUUUUGUUCUGUGUUCCAUUCGGUGCCGUGGCUUAUUCACUAGAAUAUUAUCCCUUCUCAACAUUUUACUGCCGAUUUGAAAAUUUCAUCAUUAAUCUUUCUCUCGGCGUGUCAGUUUUUUCAUUGCUAGCACUUAGUGUAGAUCGAUACAAAAUCAUCGCAAAACCAUUAGCGAGCCAUGCUAGCGAUCCAUCGAAUCAAUUGAAAAUCGUCGUUUUCUUCAUUUGGCUAAUAGCCAUCAUCUUAGCCAUACCUGAAACCGUCUACAGUGGUCUGAUUACUGAACGAGUAUCCCAAGUGGAUAACUCAACCAUUGAAUUAGUCUAUUGUUGGUGUCCGAAUGAACACUCAUUACUUAUUAAUCAUACUUUCAUGAUUGUUCGUCAAAUUUUACGUUUAAUCAUCUACUAUCUUAUGCCAUUCAUUUGCAUAUCAAUUUUUUAUAGUCUCAUCGCGAAGACCUUAUUCGACACACGGCAUGUUAUCUAUUCUCCGAAUACGUCUGCACGAAUGAUGAAGAGCAUGCCUGAUCAUCUGCCAGCAAGAAUGUACUAUCAUUCUCAAGCGAAACGAGCAGCCAAUCAAGAUCUGCAUGCACGAAAACAGCUGCAAGCUCGGCAGAAAGUCGCAAAAACUGUCCUGUUUCUCUGUCUGGUCUUCUUUAUCUGUUGGUUACCGAAACAACUCCACGAUUUGUAUUGGUUCAUCGGCGUGCUUGUUUACUCAUUCAAGUGGAAUCUUUUCUGGCAAAUAAAUAAAACAAUCGCUUUGAUCUUAACAUACGUUUAUUCAUGCAUUAAUCCGUUUGCACUUUAUUUUCUUUCAUCAACGUUUCGUUAUUUCUACAAGCGACAUUUGUUCUUCUGGACAAAAACCAACUGUUGCGUUCAACAGAAACUGAACAAAUCUAACCAGCGCGCCCAGACAAGUUCAAGCAACUAUCCACGUUGCUCGUCGAUCAACAAUUCGAGUACCAUUUAUUACGAAUUAAAUCGAAUAAAAACAUCGAAAAACUGUCAACAGCAGAGUCUAUAA